AUAAUGAUGUACUAUAAUGACAGCAUUCGUUAGGUAGAGUUACAUUGCGCACUCACACCGUUUUUGUUUUAAUAAAAAAACUUGAGAUAUUAAACAACAAGACUUUGUUGACCGACAUCUUUGUGAUUCUAGUUCUAUCGUGUCACUGGUCUAGCAAUGAAUGGUACUACUUUGACGCUCUGUUUAAUCAUUAGCAGCGUGAUGAAUACCUACUGCUUCAAACUAGCUUUCAUUCACGACGAAGGAUUCAAUUUAUUCCGACCGAAGAGUCACGCUGAAUUAUGGAUGGCUGUCGUCUUUGAUAACUUCAUUGAUUUCUCAUCGCAAAUAAAUGUCACGCACAUUGAAAUAUCUUCGGAUGACGUUGCGUUCGAUACCCCGCUAACAUCUGUUGGAGUGGAUCGUGAAUUCGAGGGAUUCGUAUUAGCAACCAUUUCGUGCGGGAUUGGGGACGUCAUCGAGUCUAUUGUGUCGCCUUCAAUGGCACCAAUUCUGCGUCUGUAUUUUUCACCAUGUUCACAAUCUCCUACAGCGGGACUGAAAGCUGAACGCUUGCAACUUUACCAACUGAAUAAAACUUGCAGAGAUUUCUGUGGCAUAUUUGCUUUGAACGUGUGGCUGGAAAAGAUGUUCUAUUCAUUGAUGGAUAAAGAAACACAACAGUUGCUGGUUGAAAGGCAGACAUUCAGGCAAGAAUUUCGUAUGGCGUUAUUGCAUUAGAUUAUUGAUGAAUUCUUCCCUUCUUCUUAUUGAUUUUUAGUCUGGCUAGAGAAAUCAAAGAAUGCGCUCAAACAAAUGAGUAUGAAUGGAAUCAAUCUAGACA